CAAUGGGUAGUACGGCCCGUCGUGGGGGGCGGGCGCCGGGGCCGAGGGUAGCUUGAGCGCGGCGGCGGCGUUGUUCAGUCAGAGCGAGAACAUUCCAGAGGUCGCCAGGCUCGGCGUUGCCGGUGUGGACGCGGACGUCGCUGGGACAGCCCCUCCCGCUGCUCGGCGGCGGCACCUGCCCAGCCGCUUCUCCGCUCGCCACCCGCCCCGCCGCUUCGGACCCGGAUUCCAGCGCCUCUUCCUCCCAGUCCCGGGCGAGCCGCGUUGGGUUUAUGUCUUUAUUUGACGAAAACGAGCUGUUGCGCAGCCAUUGGUACCUGUAUUGGGGAAACAUAGCAUACAAGCAAGAAGCUUACAGCCUCAGUGGCGAAAAAUUUUUCAUGUCAGAGACCGAGAACUCUUGCAGUCGUUUAUGUCAUCCCUUCUUCUCCAGACAGAAGAUACCAAAAAGUUGCAAUCAAAGAUCUCUUCAUCUUAUUGAUAAAGCCACUAAUAAGCCAAAAUGUCUGUCAACGUCAACCGCAGUGUGUCAGACCAGUUCUAUCGCUACAAGAUGCCCCGUCUGAUUGCCAAGGUUGAGGGCAAAGGAAAUGGAAUCAAGACAGUUAUAGUCAACAUGGUUGACGUUGCAAAGGCGCUUAAUCGGCCUCCAACGUAUCCCACCAAAUAUUUUGGUUGUGAGCUGGGAGCCCAGACCCAGUUUGAUGUUAAGAAUGACCGUUACAUUGUCAAUGGGUCUCAUGAGGCGAAUAAGCUGCAAGACAUGUUGGAUGGAUUCAUUAAAAAAUUUGUUCUCUGUCCUGAGUGUGAGAAUCCUGAAACAGAUCUGCAUGUCAAUCCAAAGAAGCAAACAAUAGGUAAUUCUUGUAAAGCCUGUGGCUAUCGAGGCAUGCUUGAUACACAUCAUAAGCUCUGCACAUUCAUUCUCAAAAACCCACCUGAGAAUAGUGACAGUGGUACAGGAAAGAAAGAAAAGGAAAAGAAAAAUAGAAAGGGCAAAGACAAGGAAAAUGGCUCCGUAUCCAGCAGUGAGACACCACCACCUCCACCACCAAAUGAAAUCAGUCCUCCUCCACAUGCUGUGGAAGAAGAGGAGGAUGAUGACUGGGGAGAGGAUACAACUGAGGAAGCUCAGAGGCGCAGAAUGGAUGAAAUCAGUGACCAUGCAAAAGUUCUGACACUGAGUGAUGAUUUGGAAAGAACUGUAGAAGAGCGUGUCAAUAUCCUGUUUGAUUUUGUUAAGAAAAAGAAAGAAGAGGGCAUUAUUGAUUCAUCAGACAAAGAAAUUGUUGCUGAAGCAGAGAGACUGGAUGUAAAAGCCAUGGGCCCUCUUGUUCUGACUGAAGUUCUUUUUAAUGAGAAGAUUAGAGAACAAAUUAAGAAAUAUAGGCGCCAUUUCCUAAGAUUUUGUCACAACAACAAAAAAGCUCAGCGGUACCUUCUUCAUGGUUUGGAAUGUGUGGUGGCAAUGCAUCAAGCUCAACUCAUCUCCAAGAUUCCACAUAUCUUGAAGGAGAUGUAUGAUGCAGACCUUUUAGAGGAGGAGGUCAUCAUCAGCUGGUCAGAAAAGGCCUCUAAGAAAUAUGUCUCAAAAGAACUUGCCAAAGAGAUUCGUGUCAAAGCAGAACCAUUUAUAAAGUGGUUGAAGGAGGCAGAGGAAGAAUCUUCGGGUGGUGAAGAAGAAGAUGAAGAUGAGAACAUUGAGGUGGUGUAUUCGAAGACUGCCAGCGUACCGAAAGUUGAAACUGUGAAGUCUGACAACAAGGAUGAUGACAUUGAUAUUGAUGCCAUUUAAAAGGAUGGAUGCAACCUAGCUUAACAGUGUAAUGCUGCAAAUUUUUCUCCAUUAUCAGCCAGAAGUGCAACAUGUAUGUGCAAAAGCUAAAUGGCUUAACAUCAUGCUACACUUUAUACUAAAAAUUAUUACUGUGAGUGGUCUGUAAUUAAGCCCAAUGAGACAUCUAGGGAGUCCAUACACAUCAGUGAGCAGAUGUAGUUUGCUUAUUUAUAGCAUGUUUCUUUUGGAAAAACUAGUGGUGGACACAUUUGGAUCACAUUAUAGUUAUAAAAAAUAAAGAUUUGAUUUUGGUCAUUCUUC